AGCCGCGCCUAGCGUGAACCCCGACCCUUCUCCGCCGGGACUGGGGCCCAGCGCCCCGGAGGAAGGCGUCGCGGGCGCUCGGAGAGCCAAGUUCGAGGCGGGGGAGGCAGCCUCGGGCGCGCCCGGCUUCUCCGGGGGGGCGGGCGCGCAGAUGGCCACUCAGGUGGAGCCGCUGCUGCCGGGGGGCGCCCCACUCUUGCAGGCCGAAGAGCACGGGGGGUUGGUGAGGAAGAAGCCGCCGCCGUCGUCCGAGGGCAAGGGCGAGCCCGGGGCGAACGACGUCGGAGGGGGGGAGCCGGACGGCGGCGCCCGGAGACCUCGGCCGCCCUGCGCCAAGACACACAAGGAGGGCACAGGGCAGCUGGAGCGCGAGAGCCCGCGGCCGCCGCAGCCGCCUGGCGCCGAGGGCCCGGCCGUCAGCGACGGGGAGGAGGGCGGCGGCGGCGAGCCGGCCGCUGGCGGAGGAGCUGCCGGAGCCGCGGGCGCCGGGCGCCGAGACUUCGUGGAGGCCCCUCCGCCCAAGGUGAACCCGUGGACUAAGAACGCGUUGCCGCCGGUCCUGGCCACCGUGAACGGACAGUCUCCUCCAGAACAUGCUGCUCCGGCCAGGGUGGUGAGGGCAGCAGUUCCUAAACAGCGCAAAGGUAGCAAGGUUGGUGACUUUGGAGAUGCAAUCAACUGGCCAACACCUGGAGAGAUAGCCCACAAGAGUGUGCAGCCACAGUCCCACAAGUCUCAGCCUGCCCGCAAGCUGCCACCCAAAAAAGACAUGAAGGAACAGGAGAAAGGAGAGGGGAGUGAUAGUAAGGAGAGCCCGAAGACCAAGUCAGAUGAAUCGGGGGAGGAGAAGAACGGGGAUGAGGACUACCAGCGAGGCGGGCAGAAGAAGAAAGGGAACAAACACAAGUGGGUUCCGUUGCAAAUAGACAUGAAGCCUGAAGUGCCCAGAGAGAAACUGGUCUCUCGCCCUACUCGCCCGCCAGAGCCACGACACACACCUGCCAACCGCGGGGAGAUCAAAGGGUCUGAGCCUGCCACCUACGUGCCCGUGCCCGUGGCCCCCCCCACCCCAGCCUGGCAACCAGAGACCAAAUCGGAGCCUGCCUGGCACGACCAGGAUGAGACAUCGAGUGUGAAGAGUGAUGGGGCUGGUGGGGCGCGGGCUUCCUUCCGUGGCCGUGGACGGGGGCGUGGUCGCGGCCGGGGACGCGGCCGGGGUGGCACUCGAACCCAUUUUGACUACCAGUUCGGCUACCGGAAGUUUGACGGUGCAGAGGGGCCGCGCACCCCCAAGUACAUGAACAACAUCACCUACUACUUUGACAAUGUCAGCAGCACUGAGCUUUACAGCGUGGACCAGGAGCUGCUUAAAGACUACAUCAAACGCCAGAUUGAAUACUACUUCAGCGUGGACAAUUUAGAGCGAGACUUCUUCCUGCGACGGAAAAUGGAUGCUGACGGUUUUCUUCCCAUCACACUUAUUGCGUCCUUCCACCGAGUACAGGCCCUUACCACUGACAUUUCACUCAUUUUUGCGGCCCUAAAGGACAGCAAGGUGGUGGAGAUCGUUGAUGAAAAAGUCCGCCGAAGGGAGGAGCCAGAGAAAUGGCCUCUUCCUGGUCCCCCAAUAGUGGAUUAUUCCCAGACUGAUUUCUCCCAGCUUCUCAACUGCCCAGAGUUUGUGCCCCGCCAGCACUAUCAGAAGGAGACAGAGUCGGCGCCUGGCUCUCCCCGUGCUGUCACACCAGUGCCAACUAAAACAGAGGAGGUCAGCAACCUAAAGACCCUGCCCAAGGGCCUGUCUGCCAGCCUCCCUGACCUGGAUUCUGAGAACUGGAUUGAAGUGAAGAAAAGACCUCGGCCCUCCCCAGCACGACCCAAGAAGUCAGAGGAGCCCCGGUUCCUCCACCCGACUACUCUGCCUCAGCAGCUGCCCUCUCAGCAGCUGAUGUCCAAGGAUCAAGACGAGCAAGAGGAACUGGAUUUCCUGUUUGACGAGGAAAUGGAGCAGAUGGAUGGGCGGAAGAACACCUUUACCGCCUGGUCUGAUGAGGACUCUGACUAUGAGAUUGAUGACCGGGAUGUCAACAAGAUCCUCAUUGUCACCCAGACGCCACCUUACAUGCGCCGGCACCCGGGGGGGGACCGCACAGGCAACCACACCUCGCGUGCCAAGAUGAGCGCUGAGCUGGCCAAGGUCAUUAACGAUGGGCUCUUCUACUACGAGCAGGACCUGUGGACUGAGAAGUUUGAACCCGAGUAUUCCCAGAUCAAGGCUAGGGCAGUCUUCUUACCAGCAUCCCUCCCCCGCUGCCCCACCCCAAUCUCGUAUCCUCUGCAGCAAGAAGUCGAGAACUUCAAGAAAGUCAACAUGAUCAGUCGGGAGCAGUUUGACACACUAACCCCUGAGCCCCCUGUGGAUCCCAACCAAGAGGUCCCUCCUGGACCACCUCGCUUCCAGCAAGUUCCCACUGACGCCCUGGCCAACAAGCUGUUUGGUGCCCCCGAGCCCUCCACCAUUGCCCGCUCUCUACCAACCACUGUCCCAGAGUCGCCAAACUAUCGCAACGCCAGGACCCCUCGCACUCCCCGGACACCGCAGCUCAAAGACUCAAGCCAGACGUCACGGUUUUAUCCAGUGGUGAAGGAAGGUCGGACGCUAGAUGCUAAGAUGCCUCGGAAAAGGAAGACCAGACACAGCUCGAACCCACCCUUGGAGAGUCACGUGGGCUGGGUGAUGGAUUCCCGCGAGCACAGGCCCCGGACUGCUUCCAUAAGCUCCAGCCCCUCAGAAGGCACGCCUGCGGUUGGCAGCUAUGGCUGUACCCCUCAAUCGCUGCCCAAGUUCCAGCAUCCUUCCCACGAGCUGCUCAAGGAAAACGGCUUCACACAACACGUCUACCACAAGUAUCGUAGGCGCUGCCUUAACGAGCGGAAACGCUUGGGCAUUGGCCAGUCUCAGGAGAUGAACACUCUCUUCCGCUUCUGGUCCUUCUUCCUCCGAGAUCACUUCAACAAAAAGAUGUAUGAGGAGUUCAAGCAGCUGGCUCUGGAGGAUGCCAAAGAAGGCUACAGAUAUGGUUUGGAGUGCCUUUUUCGAUACUACAGUUAUGGCCUGGAAAAGAAGUUCCGGCUGGACAUAUUUAAGGACUUUCAGGAGGAAACCGUGAAGGACUAUGAAGCUGGUCAGCUGUAUGGGCUGGAGAAGUUCUGGGCCUUCUUGAAAUAUUCCAAAGCCAAAAAUUUGGACAUUGACCCCAAACUUCAAGAAUACCUCGGCAAAUUCCGACGUCUUGAAGACUUCCGAGUGGAUUGACUCGACAGUGACAUCCAGUGGUGGGUCAAAGUUAUUACUGCUGGUUCCUCUUCCGUGCUAGGUGCUUCAGGGACUCCGGAGAUAAGUAAAACUUUUUCCUUCAGAGAGAUUAUAAUGUAGUAGGGAUAUGCCAGUCAUCUUAUUCCCUUGAAACCUUUUAGCAAAAGGGCAAAUAGAAGUAAAUAAUAGUCCUCACAUUUAUUUAAAAAUUGACACUGAUAGCGCUAGGCACUUACACUGACCUCAUUUAACCUUUAUAAUAUGAAGCAAGCAGGGUUACCGUUAUCAUCACUAUAGCAGUGGAUGAACUGGAGCCCAUGGCCAGCCAGUGAGAUAGUGGCAGCGCUGCUCAGGUGUCCUGACAAAAAGAUGAGUCCGUUGUCUUCCAUCCUUAAGGUCUUCCUCCUUUCUGGGCCUGGAGCGGGGAGUACAUGGGCAGAGAAUAGGAAGACCUAUUGGGAGUAGAGCAAGAAGGGCUCCACUCUUGGCUCCCAGAAAGGGAAGGAAGUGUCCUCGGGGUUAUUACAGGAUCUUUGGCAGUGGUGAGGCUAGACUGGAUCCCGGUCUGACUCUCAAGAUCAGUGUCCUUUUUAGGGCCUUGAGGGGCGUGAGGCGGUCCCCAGGAGCAUCUGGGCCUUCUGAGCGGAGGCAUUGCAGCAUAUUGCAUGCCACGUUCCAUGUACCAUCUCCUGAGCAGUGACCUCUUCUCAGAAGGGGAGCAGAAACUUGUAUGGAUAAAGGCCUGGGCUUCAGAGGUCGAUGGGCCUGGUCCAGAUUUUGUCUUUACCAGUUAAAAGCUCUGGGACCCUUGGCAAAUUAUUUUUCUAUGCUUCGCUGUCCUCAUCUGUGAAAUCAGAUGGUCAUGUCUACAUCAAAGGGUGGUGUAGACCACCGGAGUGAAUGUGCAUAAACCAGCACAAGGCUUGGCCUCUUGGCAUAGAGAUGUGCUUAAUGAAACGGGUGACUAGCUUUUAGGGUCAUAAACCUAUUCAUCAUCUACACUGGGAGGUAGGAAGUUAGGGGGUCUCUAGACAGCUCUGGCAAGGAAGGGGGUGUGGGUAGUAGUGCUCCCUCAUCACCUCUG